AUUAUCUGCCUUUUACUGGUUAUAAAAAUAAUGUGUGGCAUGAAGUCAAUGGAGACGAAGACUUCUGCGGAGAAGAUAAAGACCAGUUUGCGUUCUCUGUGCGUGCUCGUGCCUCUGAUGGGCGUUUCGUGGAUACUCGGCAUCUUCUACAUCAACGAUGAUUUAUUUUUCAUGCAAUACCUGUUCGCAAUCUGCAAUGGGCUUCAGGGAGUGUUCAUCUUCAUAUUCCACUGUGUGCUUAACAAAAAAGUAAGACAGGCCUUGAAAAGAGACGCAAGUCGGCGUGAAACACUGCGUUCAACACUGCGUUCAACAAGACAGUCAACUUUUCAAUCGACUUUCCAGGGAGAAAACAGAUAUUCGUCUUCGAAUAAGUUCAACUCGGAGUCUAGAUCCGAAAAUGCAGAAUUCACCUCGUCCGAUUGGAGAAACAAGGUGUCAGAAAGCAAAUCAGAAUCCUCAGGAGGGCCAUUUUAUAUGCCGCUUGCAGGCGAGAUGAUCAACAGAAUUAGGAGACCAGCUCUCUCCGUCAAUCCACGGGCUCUACCGCGUCACUCUAGAGACGACACAGUAUUUGAUAACGAUGAUAGUACAUUAUCACACUAUAAUUCGUUUAAAUUAAAUAGCGUUCGCUUAGGUGGAACAUCCACAAAUAUUUGAAUCUGUAUUAUUCUAAACAUCAUCUACUACACAUGUUGUAA